CAAAUGAUCAAAAACAAAAGAUGCAAGAAAGAUGCUAAAGAGCAGAACCUAUCUAACUUUUCACAAGGGAAUCCAAAGCUAGCUAGAUGGUAACAAAGUUGCCAACUUUCUUUCGUUUCUAUUGGCUGAAUCACAUUGGUACUCAUAAUUUUCAUCCAUCAGCGUAAAAACCAACGUUCAGAAGUAGUCAAAAAAACAAAAAAUCGCAGUCUGUAUAAGUAUAUGCACAUUGUUUUACCUCAAAGAAGCAAGAAGAGCAAAAACAAAGGAGGAAAAACUCACAGAAGCCAAGUGAGAUCCAAAAUGACGAACCAAGUUCACAGCUUUCUUCUUCUCCUCUGCCUGUUGCUUGGCGUCCAAUUCAUACCUCAUCCUUGCGUCGAUGGCCUCAGCAGCCACAAUCUUUGCGUGCAAUGUGCCACUGUGAAGGAGCACAAGUGCCCUUCGAGCUCAGACUUCCCUCACGUGACAGCUUUCGACAACAGGCUUAUCGCUGGAGCGCUCCAAUCUGAUCUCGUCGAUGUUAAUGACAGAGGGAUUUACUCUGUCCCCAAUGUCGAAGGAGGGAAGUCGAGGCAAUACAAUGCUUACUUUGGCUGGCAGUCCACUUCUGGUUCUGCUUCUGGCUAUCACAGGUUCAGCAACUAUAUGGACAAAUGCUCUGGUGGAAAGAGUUAUCUAACAGUAGAUAAGGUUGGCAAGGUGGCUCUUCGAUCGUUGAAGUCACUGGAAACCUUAGCAGAAGCUGACUGGAAAUCUAUCAAUCCGCCAGCGAAAGUAAAUCACAGAGGAUACAGAUUCUGGUUAUCUCAUAGCAGUGGGAAAUGCCUUACAGUUCUGGGAGGACAUGGAGAGAAAAGAACCGUUGGUGUAGCUGACUGCAAGUUUGAUGGCUCAAACAAGAAGCAGCUCUUUGCCUUCAGAUUCCAUUACCAUAAAGCCUUCUGUGGUUGUGGUGUCUUCAAUAAUUGACUUCCUUCAACUGUAUAACUUGCACAAUAAGUUACAUACAUAUGGAUCACGUCUCAUAGUUAUGCUAUGGAAAUUUUCAAGAUUGCCCUACUGUUUUAUCAAAGGGGCAAAGGAACAUGCAAAUACUCAUAUGCAGUUGAAUUCCUAACACCUAACUAAAAAUCAUCAUAAAAUGCUAACUAAAGUGGUUCGUUGACA